CAUACACACAACUAAAACUACACGAUUUACGGAAAUGUAUGUACAUAAUGACAACAAAUCGUUUAAUCUGAAUUUUAAUGUAUCGUUUUUCGUUAUAAAUACGAGUGGGUCAUACCGAAAAGGGCACACAGAGCGCACCUAAGCUUCGAUCGUAACGUAGCGUUAAUUUCAUAGCCGAAUACGUAUCCGUAUGUUUUAAGCGUCAAACGUUCUACGAAGAUUGUGUUAGGAGCGUAAAUCCGUGUCGUCAAUAACCAAUACAUCAAUCAGUUCAACCGUUUUGUUUUUUUAAUAAAGUGAAAACAAAAAUCGUCGAAGAUGGAUUUAGUAGAAAUGUUUGAUUAUUAUUGGUAUCAAAAAGCCGAUCCCAGAAUAAGCAGUUUACCGCUUAUGCAAUCCCCCAUUAUCCUUCCUGCUAUCCUCUUUUCUUAUUUAUACUUCAUCUUAAAAUGUGGGCCGAAGUUUAUGAAGGACAGAAAACCGUACAAUCUUAAAACCUUUAUAAAGUGGUACAACAUCUUUCAAAUCGUCAGCAAUGCAAUCGUAGUGCAACAGUUUAUCAGUGCGGGUUGGUUCACAGAAAUAACGGUAUUUUGCGAACCAGUAGAUUUCUCUAACACCCCGAAGAACAUGAAGAUAGUUUAUACACUAUGGUUCGGGUUAAUAACCAAAAUCGUUGACCUCUUCGAAACGGGAGUGUUUGUACUGAGGAAAAAGAACAGACAAAUUUCGUUCUUACACCUGUACCAUCACGUAUCAACACCUUUAUUAGUUUGGAGUGUAACGAGAUACGUCCCAGUCGCAGCAGCAUCGUUCCCAAUGCUAGUGAACUGUGCCGUACAUGUGAUCAUGUACUCGUAUUAUUUAUUGAGUUCGUUUGGAGAAAAAUGGCAGAGGAUACUUAAUCCAAUCAAACCACUGAUAACUAUCACACAAAUGGCGAGUACUAAUAAACUAGUUAAAGUAAGGUUCGAAAGAUUUUUGGCCUCACUGUCAUAGUAGAAAUAUCAACGUUCAGUCCGACGCAUGAUAAUUUAUUAUUUCAAGAAGAUACCAGAAACUUUUGAGCUUUACCACAUAUAUUUGUGAUGUUUAAUUUGUUUACAUAUUCAUUC